GAUUACACAAGAAGUAUGAUGUGGCCUACAGCAGUAUCAUGAUUCACUCAUUUUGAUUACAGGUAUAAUGUAAUAUAUAACAGCAUAAUAAUCUCGCAACUGCUACAAGCACAUUUGCCUUUCUGAACACACGCAAGAGAAAGGCAGCUGUUAAGAAAAUGCCCUUUUUGGGUGAGAGAGGCCCACAGGCCCUACAUGCAAGCGUACUAACACACACACAUGCAAUGAAGGACAGCUUACACUAUAGCACACACUAUACAUGCGCCUAUAUUUCUCAUUGGUGUUAAAGCAGGAAAAACUUAACAGAGUUUUGUUAUCAAAUGCUGAAUUUAUCCACUGCUGACAUUUAACUCUCCAGCUUGCAGGACAAUAGGUGAAACGCUUGUGAAAACAGAGAAGAAAAAAUAAAGACACAGAGAGAGUCUGGUAUGACCAAGCAGUAAUCAGACAAUAAAUUUAGUUGGUAAUACAAUAAAUUGUGAGAUGCUUUGUUUGAUUGAUGCAGCACUAGGCCUGCACAAUAAAUCGAAAAUUUAUUGUCAUCGCGAUAUCAGCCUGUGCGAUGGGCCCAUCGCAAAAGACGGCGUAAACUGCGAUAAUUGGGUACCUUAAAAUGUUUACACACGUGCUGUAAAGAAUUUACCAAUCAAAGAAAUCCAUUUACACAUUUGACCAGUCGAAUAGAGCCCUUCACGGCAUUAACCAAUCAAAUGGAUUAGAGGCCCGCCUCCUACGCAGGUCGGGCGCGAACAACGCUGCAGCAAAGAGUUGUAAUGGCUGAGAGCGAGACGCGUGACGAGAAUGCUACUGAACUCGUGGCUAAAAAAAAAAAUAGUACCUCACUUAUUUGGAGGUACUUUGGAUUUGAUAAAGACGACGUUCUCCAAACACAGGUACUCUGCAAAACUUGCCGAACACUCGUGGCAACCACCAGAGGAAACACGACUAAUCUCCACCAUCAUCUUCAAUACAACCACAGAGAACUGUUUGAAGAGUUCCAGAAAGACAGGGCUAGCCAAACAAAGGUUGCUAAUGUUAAGACAAAGAGCGCAGCAGUCCAACAGCCGUCUCUGUAUCAGAGUUUUUCAAGUGGAAUUCCUUAUGAGAAAACGUCGAAGCGGUACAAAGAAAUAACAGAGGCCAUUACACAUUUUUUGGCUAAAGACAUGAUGCCUAUAAAUACAGUUAGCAGAGAGGGCUUCACCAGUCUGAUACAUAAAGUGGACCAGAGAUACCGCAUCCCCUCACGAAACUACUUUUCCCAUGUCGCCAUUCCACAAAUGUAUGAAACAUGCCGCAAGACCGUCAUGUUUGAACUGAGCCAAGCUGAAAACUACGCAAGCACUACAGACCUAUGGUCAAGUCGUACAACGGAACCAUAUAUGAGUUUCACAGUGCACUUCCUCACCGAAGACUUUGAACUGAAAACACGGUGUCUAGAGACUGUGUAUUUUCCAGACUCUCACACUAGUGAAAAUAUAGCCCAUGUAUUACGUGAGGUGUUAGCCAGCUGGGAUCUUAAAGAAGAUUGACAAGUGUGCAUCACCACAGACAACGGUGCCAAUGUUGUGAGAGCCACGGAGCUAAACAACUGGGUCAGACUUCAGUGUUUUGGACACAGGCUGCACCUUGCAAUCGAAAAUUCUAUCAAAGAUGAUGCCCGCAUUGCCCGAGCCAUUGGACUUUGCAAAAAGUUAGUUGGACAUUUUUGCCACAGCUGGAAAGCAAAGAUGGCUCUGAAAAAAGCACAGCAGAAGCUCAACCUCCCAGAGCACACACUGAUCACAGAAUGCCCAACCAGGUGGGGUUCCAGGCAGAAGAUGAUUGAGAGAGUCCUGGAGCAGCAGCGGGCCAUUUCUGAUGUCAUCUCAGCAGACAAGAAAUCAAGACACUUGAUUCCUACUUGGCAGGAUCUUGAGGUACUGGAGUCUGUCAACCAGGCAUUACACCCCCUGCAAGACUUUACAGAUGCCCUGUCUGGUGAGAGCUACGUUAGUGUUUCAUAUGUAAAACCAGUCCUUCAUCUGAUGAAGACGUCGGUGCUUGCAGAGAAGGAAGAAGACAGUGAUUUGACAAAAUCAAUUAAGAAGAAAAUCCUCGAAUACCUGAUUACUAAAUAUGAAAAUCCAGCUACCCAGGAACUUCUGGACAUGGCGUGCUUCAUGGAUCCCAGAUUUAAAGUCAGCUACACCAGCACUGAUCGAGUCUCAGACAUCAAGACCAGAGUGAUGUCAGAAAUGGAAGCAGUGGCACAGAAGGAGAGAAACUCCGCUGAACCAGAGGCCCAGACAGAUGAUCCACCCAGUCGUCCCCUGAAGAAGGCAAAAAAGUCACUGGGCAGUUUCUUCAAGGCAGCUCCAAUCCCUACCUCCUCUUUUAUGCAUCUCUCACAAGCUGUUGAAGCUGAGCUUAACAGCUACUUGCUAUCCACGGCCAUAGACAGUGAGGAAGACCCCUUGGCAUGGUGGAAACUCCACAAAAUGACAUUCCCACAGCUAAGCAAGCUUGCAAGGAAGUAUCUCUGCAUACCUGCAAGUAGCUCACCUUCAGAGAGACUUUUUAGUACAUCAGGAAACAUAGUAACAUGUCAGCGCACAUGUUUAAAACCUUGGAGAGUAAACAUGUUGGUUUUCCUUACCAAGAACUUGCCAUAAAAAACAUUCACUCAGGAAGGAUGAAUGCAAGAUAGAGAAACCUUUUUUUUUUUCAAAAAAUUACAAAAAUACACUACCUACAUUGUUCUUAAUUGUUGAUAAUAUUAGUCUUGGCCAGUACGACCACAAAGGUAGACAAUUGUUCUUUGGUGUGUUCCCACAGCAGACAAGUUCUUACCUAUAGUUUAAUCUGGUAAAGUUUCCACUCCAGUUUUGACUUGCAUCAUAACUACUUGGUGAGUGGUAAAAUGAUGAACAACUGCAUAGAGAUAAUUUGCAGUAUAAUUUAAGUUAUGUUUAUUUAAAACUAAUUAUAGAGACCGGGAAGGAUGUCUUUCAGAAUUCAAGCCUCAGAAAUUUUUUUAUGGGGGCAAUGUUUCAAUGUUUGACUGCACUUUGUUGUUACACUGCUAAUACAGCAGCUUUCUUUAAAUAAAACUGU